AUGAACGUGGGCUUUUUACAGACUGCGGUGAAUGUGAAUCUCUCCCUCGAUGGCAAGGCCCAUGCAUCCCAGGAACCGAACUCGACUGCGGCCGCGGUCUCGGGAGUGGAGACCAACGGUGCGGGCGAUCUCGAGACGUUCCUCACGGGUCUCAUGACCAACACUGCGAUGAUUUUGGCGUGUAUGGUGGGCUUCGUGGUUUUAAAGAGCAGGUAUCCCAAGAUAUUUUACUACAACAGCAUCAAUGGUGUGGUGCCCGACAGUCCCGGAGACGACUGGACGUCGUGGACACGGCUCUCACUGAAGAAGGUUCAUGAGGAGCACCGCAAAUACUGUGGCCUGGACCAUGCCAUGCUCCUGGAGUUCACCAUGAUGUGCAAACGGAUUUUGAUGACCAUUGGCCUUCCAAUGCUGCUGAUUAUGAGCCCCCUGAACUUCUUCUUCGGUCAUGGAGACGCCGAGAAGACGGGGGACAACCUCAGUCGUAUCGCCAUGGGCAACGUGGCUUACAGCCACCCGUGGCUCUACUACUUCUAUGGCCUCAUCAGCAUCCUGGUGGUGUGGGUGGUGCGCAAGGAAACCUUCGCAUCCAUGCGCAAGUACUGCGAGUCACGUUUUAUUUGGAUGAAACAGCUGAAGAAUCCACAGGCCGCCACCGUUUUGGUGGAGGGUAUUCCUGAAGACUACCAGUCGGAUGAGAAGGUGACUGAGUACUUCAACCGUAUGUUCCAACCAAACGCUGUGAAGGCGGUACAUGUAGCGAAGAACAUCGUGCAACUGGAGUCCGUCUACAGUGAGUUGAAGGACGCCAUGAUGGCCCUGGCAAAGGCAGAGCAAGAGUGGGAAAAUAGCGGUAAGGAGGCGGAUUCGAGGCCCAAGAUCAAGAGCAUCAUGGGUCAGAGUGAAGAUGCCAUUGAUCAUUGGUCGGAGCAGGUGAAGCUGAAGACGAAGGAAGCCAAAGAGUACCGCGAGAACUUUAUCAAGGAUGCCCAUGCCGGUGUGGGCGGCGUCAACGGUCACAGCGGAUUCGUGACCUUCUCAGAUGUGCGCGACGCGCGGGUGGCGCUCAACGUGAAGUUCUCCAAAGAUCUCACCUUGUGGCAGGUGACGCAACCACCUCCUCCAUCAGCUGUGAUUUGGUCGGAUAUGAAGGUGAACGUGGAUUUGAGGAGUGGCAAGAGACUGUUGGGUUAUGGCUUGGUCUUUGGCCUCUAUGUGGCCUUCACACCGUUUUGCCUUUUCGUGACAAAUCUGGCCACGGCAGUGGAUUUGGGGCCCUUCCAAAGCCUAUGGGCAGCCUAUGCACCCACUUUGGGUCUUAUGAUCUUCCUGGCCUUUGCUCCUACGGUACUGGUGAACAUCUUUUCCAUGCUCUUCAACUUCAAGUCAGAAGUGAAGAACCAAAUGGAGCUGCAGAAUUGGUAUUUUUGGUUCAUGGUCUUCUUUGUGAUUGGCGUCACAGUAGUAGGCCAAAAUUUCGUCCAGUUCGUGGAGGACGUUGCCAAAGAGCCCACCGCACUGCCCAUGUUGUUGGCCAAGAAGAUGCCAUCCUCGACCCACUACUACUUGAACUUUCUGGUGCUGCAGUGGGUAACACAUGGCAUGAAUCUGACGCGCUACAUUCAGGUGGGCAAAUUCGUGGGUUUCUCCAAGCUGUGGAGCGAAGAUGAUGCGCGUGCCCUGGCAGAGCCGGAAGAUCAGGACUACUAUGGAAUGGGAUCCAGGACUUUGGGUCCCGAUGGAAUUACGAUUCGACUGGAAAAUCUGAUUAUGGGAAUGAGAUUUCGAAAGGCCUCAUAUCUCUGCGUCACCAUAGCCGUUUCAGCCUCCCUUAACCGUGACGACUUGGCAGCCAUGGGAGAUCACUUGGUGAGCUUCACAGCGACCAGUAACAAAGUGAAGAUAGGGAAGGUCAAAGGGAAAACCACUGACAUCAAACACAUUUUGCAAGAGAGCAGAACCUUGAAGAAGGCCUUCGAAACAGAGGAUCAACAUAGGCGCGGUUACCCCAUGGACAGAGGUGACAAGAUUGAGAAGAAGGCUCCUCCCAUCAUCAUCCAGCACUCAGGUAGCUUGGCUCAGCGCUCUUCGGAACAAUCGCUAUAUGCUGAGUGGGGCCUAGUGUCAACGGUGUUGUUGGCUUACAACACUCAUCACCAGCUGGUGUUGAGAGCGGAUGAUUUCUGGCAAGCCAUCCUCACUCAGCUGUCCUUCUACAUCCAGGCGCGCGCGGAAGCCUUGCGAGACCGCAUCGUGGACUUCCAAGGCAAGAAAACCCUGGUUGUUGAGAUGGGCGGGAGCCUGUUCAGCGCGGAUUUCGGACACUUCGCUCUUUUAAUGGCGGACAAGAUCGCCAAGAACAUCAAAGACCCAGAGGUUGCGAAGUGGGUGAUCCCCAACUUCACGACCACCACAAGCAAUGACCGCAUCGCCGCCUCGGUCACUUUGAUGUCCACAUUGCAGGCAUACUUUGAAUAUGUGUGCUGUCUGUGCUGUGGAAUUCCAAAGGUCACUUUGCUGGGCACAUUGGAGGAUUGGCAACAGCUUCGCGCCAAGAUCGAUCGCUUGAUGGACUUCGAUCUGGAGGACAAGUUGAUGACCAAGUGGCAUGGCAUGUUGGCGCCCGUGCUGGAUCGCUUGGUGAGCUCUGCGGCCGGAAGGACUGAGUUGGACUUCUGGGAUCGCGUGUGUCACUACAAGGGCGGUGGAUCUGGUCCUACCUUCCUGUCUGGCUGGAUCACGGUCUUCAUCCCCUUCUCUGCCAAGGGUGUGUGGUGCGGCGACGUGCGUUUCCGUGGCUGGGGGAUGGCACCAGAGGAGAAGGAGAAGGUGGACCCAUGGCCCGACGUGGAAACCGGGAAGGUGCCGGUGGGUGCCGUUUCAGUGCCAGUGCUGGUGGACGACAACGGAACUCAGUAUGACACCCAGAUGAUCGCAGGUCAAGUGGCACACGACGUUUGCGGAGAUGGCUCGGUUUUGAGGCCCCGAACGGAUUGGUGCAUUGCCUAUGAGGGCAAAGCCAAGGCCGUGCCACGUGGCUACCAAGACGGUGAGAUUCGACCAACAGAACCCGAAGCAGCCGAAGCAGCUGACGAGAAGAUGCAAGUCGACUCAGAAGGUGUUUGAAGAAACGUGCCUGCCAUUGAAGGAAACGCCGGAAGCCUGGAUAGUCACGAAUCAGUUUGGAACCAUGUUUCUUUGGACUUCUUUAAAGGAUAUUUGAUGGGUUCCAUCUUAAGUUUCAGGUGUACGGCGAAGGAUGUUGUACAGAUUGCAUCCGCUGUCCCAUUUCUUUCCGCAGCGGCCGUGCAUCUUGCCACGGCUCCAAUCCGAUCCCGAUGUGCAGUGCGGGAGACAAAA